UGCCUCAAAAUAGAUGACAACCGGUAAACAGGGUCCGCUUACGGUGCCAAAAUGCUGCUGUAUCGCACCCGAAUCUUCAAUUUACCCGUUUCAUUCUCAUUGGGGACUUUCAUCAAACACCUUGAGCGCGCCACAAAUCUCAAACCAACGGUCAUAACCAGAAGAUCCACAACCACAAAAUGUUCAAUCGUCAAUGCCUCCCACUUCGAAACCCUAAAUCCUCUACAACAGCAACAAGUCCACCUCUACGUUGACGCUCUUCUCGAUUGGAACCAGAAAAUGAAUCUCACUGCGGUUAGAGAUGCAAAUGAUGUUAUGGAUAGGCACAUUGAGGACUCACUUGCGAUUAUACCUCCGAUUCGAAGCUCUUAUGUAUCGAAUUGUGAAUCUACCGUUGAAAAACUUAAUUUGGUAGAUGUUGGAAGUGGUGCUGGACUUCCUGGAUUGAUAUUGGCCAUUGCUUGUCCUGAUUGGAAACUGACGCUUUUAGAGUCGUUAAAUAAGCGGUGUGUGUUUCUGGAGCAUGUGAUUGGCUUGAUGGGAUUAUCUAAUGUUAAGGUUAUCAGAGGAAGAGCUGAGGACGUGGGACAAAAUUUAGAAUUUAGAGAAGUAUAUGAUGUUGCAGUAGCGAGAGCUGUUGCAGAAAUGAGGAUAUUAGCUGAGUACUGUCUUCCCCUUGUUCGUGUUGGUGGCUUGUUUGUUGCAGCGAAAGGUCAUUCUCCGGAGGAAGAAGUAAGAAGAGCCGAUAAAGCAAUUCGAGUCAUGGGGGCUUCCUUGUUACAAACAUGCUAUGUAAAUUCACACAGCCCGUAUGGACAGAGAACGGCGAUUGUCUGUUUGAAAAAUGGUCCGACCCCCAAGAAAUAUCCUCGUGAUCCAGGUACACCCGCAAAGUCACCACUGUAGAUAACCCAAAUGUUAUCCUGCUUGCUCCUCUUUUAUUGAUUAAUUUUUAGAUCAUAUUGGUAAAUGUUUUUUGUUAUAUUAAUUCCACCAUUGUAAUGGAGAUGUUUUAGAACAAUUAUUGUAAACCAUAUAUGUUAAACAUGAUAAAGUGCAUGGAAAACUAAACAACAAA